CUUCUGAGAGAGAGGGACCGAUUUCGGUGUUAGCAUCCUCUGCUGAGGGCCACUUCGACCUGGCCUUGAAGACAGUCCACGACUUUGCUGCUGCUGGGGAGAAUAGGAGACUUCCUAGGGUCUUCACCCUCCAGAAGGAGCACCAGAAGGAGAACGGAGCAAAGACAGCUGCUGCUGUCAUGCUCAUCUACAGUAAAAUAGCACUCCAUGCACCCAAGCAGCAGCUUCUUGCCCGGGUCGAGACGGACAUUGUAGAGAACAUCCUGUGCCAGUACAGAACCAGCCCUCAGGACACAGAACUCAAGCUGGCCCUAAUCCAGAGUGUCACAGAAGUCAGCUGCGCCCUUCAAGGCGUUGGCACCUGUGAGAACUUCAGCUUUGCUUCGAAGAGGGUGCUGCUGGAGCUUGUGCUGGACUUCAUGAAGCAGGAGCCCCUGGAUUGCGUGGCUUCUCCCGUUCGCUACAGGGCAAUUCUUGCGGUGGAGCACUUGAGCAAGAUCAAGCCAUCUCUGACCCAGAAGGAAAACUGUCAUCUUCUUCAGGAGUGCUUCCGAAGCCUAUUUCCCCUUCCUCCCCUUGAGCAGACAAAAGAAGGGGAGGCAGCAGAUGAUGCUGAGCAUGCAGAGGCUCUCUAUACACGAUCCCUGGAAGCUCUUGCUCGCCUCAUGACAAGUCUUGAGGAAGAGCUGACCUUGUCAUGGCUCAAGGAAACCUUUCACCUCCUAGAGGCCUGGCUCCGUUCUGGGAAAGAGUGGGAGAGAGAGAGGGCCCUUUAUGCCUGCACUCAUCUGCUAAAGACUUACACCGAGAGACUGGAGGAUGCUAGAGAAAACUCUUCUGAGCAGUUUGGCUCCAUGAUUGGAGUGCUGGGGCCUCUCAGCUGUGACUCCCUGGCCACAUCACGCCAGCGGGCAGUCGACUGUAUCAGCUGCCUUCUCUCAACACAAGGCAAGGUUAUGCACACAAGGGAAGUGGAUCUGAAUCACUUCUGUGAGGAGCUGAUGGCCGCAGAUGUGGAUUCGCUGCUGAGGACCUCUUCCAAAAUCGCAAAGGUUGCAUGCAAAUCCUUUUGCUCAGAGCAGGCAAGAGGCUUUCUGAAGGCUGUCCUGGGCAGCAUGCUGUCCUUCAGCCCCACUUGUGCUCGGGCAGCAGGCGAGUGGAUGCUCAUCUUCCUGAAGGAAUGUGGAAGAGAAAUGUUGCUGGAGGUGCCAGAAAUCCUGACAAUCCUUUACGAUCAUCUGCCAGCUGCUCAGCAGGGCACCCUGAAGGAGUUCCUCUUUGAGGCAGUGUCUGUCCUGGGCUGCUAUCACCCUGAGGCAGUAACCAACAGCCUCCUCCAGAGACACCUGCCCAUGGACAGUGAUACCGUGGAGCUGUGGAGGACUCUUGGCAGAGGCAUCUUUGCAAUUGAAAUGCUCCAGUUGCUAAUGGGCAAACUGGAGAGCGCUGAAGACACCCCCGCCAGAAGCAACUGCCUCGAUGAGGAAGGGAGCGACAAUCUGGCUGCGCUGGAGCCUCUCAUGGUAACCUGUGCCCUCCGUGAGCUGGUGUAUUCCCUGGAGCCCCGGGAAAGUGUGUCUCUCCUGCUGCCACGGCUGUUUCCAAUGCUGCUGAAACAAAUCAGCAACACUCUUGGAAAGGAGCUGCCUUCAUCUGCAGGAAGAGUUGAAGACGAGCCAGUCCUUGUGGCAAGUGGUGAAGGCAGCAGUCCUUGCAGGCUUUCCAUCAAAGCAUUAGAUACUGUGCUCUGCAAGUGCAUCAGUGAGAAAUGCAUGGGGAUUCUCCGGAAGCAGAACACAUGGGCUUUUCUUGAAAAUCCCCGGACAUACCAUGAGGGCAUGUGUCUGCUGACUAGUGUUCUCCUCCAAACUGAUGUGGUCACGGUGACCACCAUACGUGCUGUCUUGCCAUGGCUGGACUCGCCAUCAGCAAACCUGAGGAUCAUGGCAGCAUCUUUCUUUGCUGAGCUGAUGAAGGCGCCAAUGCUUCAGAAGUGGAAGCUACUUCAGCCUGUCCGCCGUGCAUUGGUGGACAAAUCCCUGGAUGCCAGCAGCACUGUGCGCCGGAUGGCAGUGAGGGGCCUGGGCAAUCUGGCCAGUGGAGCACCUGAGAAGGCCUGUCGAAGCACUUUCCUGCUCUGCACUCCAUUCCUGGGCCUGCAGAAGCUGCAAACCCAAGUUGCUCUGAACACCGAGAAGAGUGCAGAAGAGCUCCAGGAAGCUGUCUGCAGUCACCUGGCCAGAGACAUGCCAGAGCUUCUGCAAAGCGUCUAUGACACCCUCCAGACCUACUUCUGGAGCUCGUGUUGGGGGAUGCGGACUGCAGCCAUCCAAUUAGCUGGUAAGAGACAAAGCUGA